AUUAUUUUACAAGAAAAAAAUACUUCUACCACAUCCAGCUUUUCUCAGACACCAGUGCUUUCUGACCAAGCAAGCGUUCAGCAGACUGCUGAAACCAUUCUUCGACCUAACACUUCCCUCCUUAUAAAACGCCUUACAUAUGCUAAUGUCGAACAUCUAGCACAGAAACUGCUCGAUCAUAAUACUAUUAGUGUCGAGGAAUUGGAAAACAUUACAUGUUGCAAGACACCGACUAGGAGUGCAAGGCAAUUGGUGAUGCACACAAUGAUAAAAAAGUCAUGGGAAGAUGGUGUACAAUUCGCUCGUUCCUGAAGCAAACAGAAGGUCUGCAUGACAUCGGGACUCGACUGUUGGUUGCAGCUGGUGUAUCAGACGAGCAACCAUUGGAUACUCAGCAGCUUGUGAAGGAGAAUUGUCUGCUGAGGGAUAAAAUUCCAGGGAAGAAUUUGAUGUUAACAGCAUAUCGUUGUGAACUGAUGAAAAGAGCCGGAAAGACUGAGGAUGUUGAUACAUUUGUUUGGAAAUGUUUACCAACUUUACCACCGAACCGAUCGUUUGCACUCAACUGUGUGACAUCUUGCAAUGGUACUAUUGUUGUCAGCUUCUGGGGCCGGAGAGAACUAUAUACGCUAGCUCCUGGUGUCGAGACAUGGCAGUGUUACAGAAGUGAUCAUGGUCAGAUCAGAAAUGUAUUCAGCUCACAGAAUAAUUGCUAUGUGUACGUCGUAGAGGGAGCUGACAAGAAAAUCUACAGCUGGAAUGAGAACGAUUGGCACUUUGUUACUGACGUACCAAUUUCUAUGAAAAAUGACAUGAGCGUUUCCCUAACUGCUGAUGAUAAUGAUCAUAUCUACAUACUGGGUGGGGAAAAUAGCAAACGCGACAACAGCUUAGCGUAUGUAUAUGAUCUGAAAAGGAAUGGCUGCUGGCAGCCAUUGCCGGAUAUCCCAUCUGUCUGUUACCUUGCCUCGGCAUUUCAUUUUGACAAUACUUGUAUGCAGCUGGAGGACGCACGAGAAAUGCCAAAAGUCAGCACUCUGUACUAACAAACAUUAUUCAGUUGCCCCUCAAUGGAAAGCGUUGGAAUGAAGUUCAAUCUCUAACCAAUGCUGGAGCUACUGUCGCUCCUCUUUGUGGAAAACUUAUUGCUACAGGAGGAAAGUUGCCUAAUGGGCCUUCUGUAAAGAAAGCUGAGGUGUUGGACAUGCGGUUCCAUAAUAAGUGGUUGCCUCUCCCUGAUAUGAUGACCGCUCGUUUUCGGCAUGGAGUUUGCACUACAACAAAAAAUUGUCUAGUAGUAGUCGGAGGAUAUGGUAUUAACAAACAGUGUGAACUGUUCAGCUGUACUACUAAUUAUUAAUCUUUUGUAUUGAACGAGUUAUGUAUUUCUAGUCAGUCAAUUCCUA